AUGAGUACUCUAGCCUCCAAGCUCAAGGAACUAGAGGAGUUGACGUCAAAUGCAAAGCAAAUACAAGAUGAUAUGUUGGAGAAGAUACUCAAAGUUAACGCCAACACAGAGUAUCUCCAACGUUUCCUCCAUGGGAGCUCUGAUAAAGAGCUCUUCAAGAAGAACAUACCGACUGUGAGCUAUGAGGACGUUAGGCCUUAUAUCGAACGGGUCGCUGACGGAGAACCCUCAGAUGUCAUCUCGGGCGAACCGCUUACUAAUUUCUUGCUAAGCUCUGGAACCAGUGGAGGGAAACUAAAAUUCUUUCCUGCAAACAACAAGUACUUUGAAAACAUGGCCUUUAUCCUUGAUUUAUCCUCUGCCAUUAUAUCCAAGUACGUUGAUGGUGCCCAUGAAGGAAAAGUGAUGACAUUUCUCAGCACCAGACCGUUAUCUACAACUCCCUCUGGUUUGCAUGUUGCUCCCGCGAUAACGAGUUUCUACAAGAGCGAUUAUUUCGAGAAAGAGAAUGUACCUUACCAAAGCCCAAACCAAGUCAUUUUCUGUGUCGACAGCAAACAGAGUAUGUUCUGUCAUUUCCUCUGUGCUCUUGUCCAAAGAGAGGAGAUUGUGAGUACGGUUGCUUCUUUUGCUUCUGUGAUAGUCUUAGCAAUAAGAUUUCUUGAAACUCACUGGAAGGAAUUGUGUGAUAAUAUCCGAUCUGGUUAUAUUAGCGAGUGGAUCACCGACCUUGGUUGCAGAGACUCUGUCUCUAUCAUCCUCAAAGGGCCUAAUCCUAAGCUAGCAGAUCUUAUUGAACAUGAAUGCAGUCGUUCAUCAUGGGAAGGUAUGAUCAAACGGCUAUGGCCCAACAUCAAAUUCAUUCAAACCAUAGUUUCAGGACAGAUGAGCCAAUACAUCCCAGUUUUGGAUUUCUAUUCCAACAAACUGCCUCUCAUCUCUUCCUAUUAUCUUGCGUCUGAAACCAUGUUUGGGGUAAAUGUGGAUCCCUUAUGCAAGCCACAAGAUGUGUCCUACACAUUUAUUCCAAGCAUGUCCUACUUUGAGCUCCUACUUGUUGAUCAAGGAAACAGUGAUGACAUAGUUGAUUUCGUGGACGUCAAGUUAGGGUGCUUCUAUGAGCCCUUGGUAACAAAUCAUUUUGGCUUAUACAGAUAUAGAAUGGGAGAUAUUCUACAGGUGACAGGAUUCUACAAUAGUGCACCUCAAUUCAGAUUUGUACGUAGAAAAAAUGUUGUUCUAAGCGUCCAAGUGGAGGCAACAACUGAAGAAGAUCUUUUGAAGGCGCUGAAUCAUGCGACAGUUCUUCUUGAAUCUUCAGGUUUAAUGUUGAUGGGAUUCACAUGCUAUUCAGAUGUCUCCUCUGUACCAAGUCAUUAUGUUCUCUACUGGGAGCUUAAAGCCAAAACCUUAAGUGGCACUGUUAAGCUUGAUAGCAAGGUAAUGGUGAAAUGUUGCUGUGUAGUGGAAGAAUCAUUUGACAUUAUUUACAAAAGAUUUAGGAGUAAAUAUGGUUCAAUUGGAGCUCUAGAAAUAAGGGUGGUGGAACAAGGAACAUUUGAUUCUGUCAUGGAAUAUUUCAUCUCCAAGGGUGCUUCUGCAACUCAAUACAAGACACCUCUAUGCAUAAACUCUCCUGAAGUUUUAGCAAUUCUUGAAGACAAAGUUAUUGCUCGGUUCUUGAGUGACAAAUCUCCUCCUGUUUGA